AUGGAGGUUGCCGCCCUUGCAAAAAUGCCUUUGGAAAAUUACCUAACACCAAAUGCAUCGUUUAUCAUCGUUAAACAUUAUUUCAGACCACGUACAAACAUCACAAACCUUGGAGACUACCUCCCUCGGUAUAACGUGUACUCGACCCCCGCUCCCUACUCUAACCACUCCCCCUACUCCUCCCAGGGGGCUCCCCCGCCCCUGCACAUCAGCCCGACUUCUAUAAGGCGGGAGAGGGGAGCAGGAAGACCUUAUUCGGCUGAUAUUGGAAGAUUGUUGUCAGUUCAAGAAGGAAGAGAGGGAAGUGAAGGAAGUGAAAAGUCACAAAAACAAAAAGGUCAUAAAAGAUCAAGUUCCUACGGCAGUACCGAAUCCUCUGGUCAUCUUGAUCCAAGGUACCCUGGAAUGAGACCUGCUGCCAGCUAUUCGAAUUUGCAUAGACCACCAAGUGGAGAAGAUUUUUUUUAUGGACGAGGGGACUCGAUGCUAGAUGCUGCAUGUGAUUUACUCUCUAUGGACCUACGACCAGUCCCUCCACAACCUAACUGUCCUCAGUCCAUGAAAAUUUAUGAAGAUCACAGGUUGAUGGCCGCCGAAUAUAUGAGAAUAAAAGCAGAACAAGCUGAUUUACUCAGAUAUAAACAGGAACUACAAGAGAAACUUUUACAGGCCGACUCUGAAACAUUAACCAGUGAGAAAGCUCUAGAAUAUACUCAACUUAAAUCAGAAAAGGAUGCUUUGAUGGCUUUCCGAGAUAAACUAAAAGAACAAUUGACAUUAAUUGAAGCGGCACAGAACUCUAAAAAACCAGGUUCUAAUACUUCCUCCCACGGUAACACGGAAGACUGGGUUAUUGUCAAAGAUGAAGAAAAUACAUAAAAUUUUAAAUGUUGACUCGUUUUUUGUUGUUUUUAAUUCAAACAUAUAUAAAUGUAUAUAUAAAUCAUUGUUUGCCUUAACCCUUUUAUAUCUAUUUACAUCAAGUAAUUCUACGAAACUUAAUUUAAUAAUAGAAAUGAACAGUUCUUAAUAGUUCAAUUUGACUUAAAAAAAUACUUUUGUGUUAUAAUUAUAUAUUUUAAACAUAAUUUAAGAUAAUAUGUUUCAAUAUUAUGAUUUGCAGAUGUGCCUGUGUAAUGUUAAAUAGUAAUAAAAAAGUUCUUGAUAAUGUUCUCAGAUGUUUCCGUCCAUGAGUUUAUCCCCCCCCC